AUGGAAGUGUAUGUGGACUACAUGCUUGUCAACAGCAAGCAGUCAAAGUCGCAUCUUUCCGAUCUGGCUGAAGCCUUUGGAGUUCUGCGGAAGUAUCCAAUGAAGCUCAACCCAGCCAAGUGUGCCUUUGGGGUCUCAUCGGGGAAGUUCUUUGGUUUUAUGGUAAACAACCGUGGGAUUGAGGCCAACCCAGAGAAGAUAAAGGCUGUGCUCGAGAUGGAAGCGCCCAAAACCCUGAAACAGCUUCAGUGCCUCAAUGGAAGGAUUGCAGCUUUGAACAAGUUUGUCUCAAGUUCAACAGAUAAGUGCCUUCCUUUCUUUGAAGUCUUGAGAAAGAAGGGGCCUUUCGAAUGGACGACAGAGUGCGAGCAAGCAUUGGAACAAUUGAAAAACUAUCUCUGCUCGGCACCUCUACAUGCCAAGCCAUUGCCAGGAGACAAGCUCCACUUGUACCUGGCAGUGUCCGACAGCGCCGUCAGCUCGGCCCUAAUCAAGCAGGAGGGAGUACGCCAAAGUCCCAUUUAUUAUACAAAUAAAGCCAUGAUCGAGGCCGAUACUAGGUACCCCCAAAUGGAAAAGCUGGCCCUCGCCUUAGUCACUGCGGCACGGAGACUUAGGUCGUACUUCCAAGCGCAUACCGUUGUAGUACUUACCAACUUGCCCCUGAAGAACAUCUUCCAUAAGCCAGAAACAUCAGGACGCCUGAUGAAGUGGGCAAUGGAGUUGAGUGAAUACUACAUCCAAUUCAAACCCCGAACUGCGUUAAAGGGGCAAGUAGUGGCAGACUUCAUCGCGGAGCUCACCCCACAAUCUCAGUCGAUCGAGUCUGACCUCCCGUGGACAAUCUACGUUGAUGGAUCUUCCAAUGAGAGGGGGUGCGGGGCAAAAAUCCUCUUGCUCGCACCAGGUGGCGAGCGAUUCGAGUAUGCUCUACGGUUCAACUUUCGAACUUCAAAUAAUGAGGCUGAAUACGAAGCACUUCUGGCAGGCCUACGCGUUGCUAAAGAACUGGGGGCCAUCCACAUCAAGGUAUUUAAUGACUCCCAGUUGGUCGUAAAUCAGAUUAAGGAGGAGUAUCAAACAAAAGACCCCCGAAUGGAAAAAUAUCUAAGCAAAGUCAGAUCGCACCUCGCCCAAUUCGAGACUUACGAGGUGAAUCAAGUUCCAAGAUCAGAAAAUUCCAAUGCAGGUGCUUUAGCUAAAUUGGCAUCAGCAUAUGAGACCUACCUGGCCAGAUCAGUCUCGGUCGAGAUCUUGGACAAUCCUUCAAUCUUGGAGCCAGAUGUGAUGGAGGUUGACACUCCAGCACCCUCAUGGAUGGACCCAAUCGUGGAGUUCAUCAAAGGAAAUCUGCCGCAAGACUCGAAGGAGCAAAAGAAGAUGGCGCGAAAAGCAGCUCGGUUCAUACUCCGAGAUAGAGCAUUGUACCGACGUGGCUUCUCUCUGCCUCUGCUUAAGUGUGUAACUCCUGAAGAAGGCCUUUACAUCCUUAGAGAAAUCCAUGAAGGAGUAUGUGGAAACCACUCUAGCGCUAGGUCAUUAUCGGCCGAAGUGGUUCGACAGGGGUAUUAUUGGCCCACCGUCGAGCAGGAUGCAAAGCAGUUUGUGAAAACCUGCGACAAUUGCCAGCGCUUUGCAAAUAUUAUCCAUCAGCCUCCCGAGCUGCUCACCCCCAUCUCGGCCCCAUGGCCACUUGCACAAUGGGGAAUUGACAUCAUAGGUCCUUUUCCCCUAGGCAAAGGACAAACCAAGUUCGCCGUUGUCGCUGUGGACUACUUCACCAAGUGGGUCGAGGCCGAGGCGCUCACUCAUAUUAUAGAGCCUAGAGUCACAUCGUUCGUAUGA